UAGCAACAGUCAUCCCCAGACAUCCCUUCAAAUACCUGUAAAUACUGUACCCCAGAUACAAGUUUUCCUAUAGAACACUAGGUACUCUAAAGAUGCAGAAUCAGCCAGCGCAGGAGGAGCCGAAGAAGCGACGGGUGCCACUGUACCCGGGGUUUCCGGAAUUAGCGCGGUCAGAUGUCAGUAUCCAUCCGAGCUACACCAAACUGGGGCUGGCAUACCGCGUGGUCUGCCGCCACCGCUACCACUGGGCCAAGGUCGCGCAGCGUCGCCAGUUCAUGAAAGAGCUGUACAGCUUCGAGCGUCUCCAGCCGCUCGCGCUGGGCGGCGUGCGCGUGCACCGCGAGUUCUCGCAGGGCAUACUGUCUCAUCACAUACCGCCACGGAGAUACAUGCAGAAGCUUACCCCGGACCCACUGAAUAGCAAGCAGAGGAUGCGGGUUGAGGAGAUUAUCAGUGGACGGGUUGAUUUUAGCCAGAAAUAAAUAUUUAGCCAGAAUAAGAGAUUUUUUUAUGGGUACAGGUUAUAUUUAUUAAAUGCUAUGGUCAUAAU